AGCAUCUGUAUUAGUUGUGUUAUAUAAUUUGUAUUUGUUUUGUGUAUAUAUGUACAUAUUUUUUAAGUAAUAAACCAUAUACAUCGUGGCGAUAUUCGAGUUCUGUAAUGUCUUAUACAGUUAACAGUGUUGCUGCUUGAUAAACUUAAACCAAAAACAAAAUAGGAGGUACGUAAAUUAAUAUUAUUUAUAUUCUUAUAUUCGUAUAAAAUACAAAUAAAUUAUUGUUAUAAUAUUAUAAUGCAAUGCAGGUAUUAUAUGUUUAUUAAUAAAUUACGAGAUUUAUUUUCAUAUUAUUCGCUGUUCACGAAAUAUAUACAUACACUAUAUUUUAAGUAAUUAAUAAAGUUUAAAGUAAAAUUAUAAGUAAUAGAAAUUGUAUCGUACAGAUGGGAUAUAAUGUGUGAUACCCGCAUUUACUACAUACAUCAAUUCAACUGGAGGUGCAAAAUGGUAAAAUUUUGUAAAUUAGAAUUGUGGCAUUUAGGUUAAAAUUAAAGCUUGAACAAAUUUCACCAAAUUUAAAGAAAACAAUUUUCGAGGGCACUGUUUUUUUCUACAUUUUUUCCAAACAAAAAAGUAAGUUAUUAGUUAUUUUUUCUUUUUAUUGUAUUUUUUUUGUUUGGCAUUAUUUUAGAAGAAAAAAAAGUAACGUAGUAUACUCUCGAAAUCUUGUUACGUGUAUUUAAACUCUAAUUUUAACCUUAAUACGACAAUUUUAAUUCUAAGUUAUGCAAUUUUGGUAUGUUACACUUUAGUUACACUAAGACGCCUGCGUAACCUCUACAGUUACCCAUAUGGAAAUUACAUUUUUAUAAAGCAUACAAAUUAUAAUAUUCAAAAGAAUUAUAUUUAAAAUUAAAAUUAAAUUUUAUAAAACAUUAUCUAUAUGAUUUACAAGGACAAAACAUUACUAUUAUUUCGAAUGUGAAAUUGGCUCAAAAGCGUUAUAUGAUACUCGUAUUAUUUUUGUUAUCAUUGGGCAUAAAAUAUUACAAUAAUUGAUUCGAUUAUGUAACAUUAUUAAAAUACAUAUCUAAUAAAGUAAUUUUUCUUCAGAAUUUUAAAUUUAGGUAAAAUUAAAAACAGUUCUGUAUUAUUCUGAUACAUAUUAUCAAGUACAACGUUUAUUGAACCGAUAAAUCAUUGUACUGAUUAGUCUUGUAGAAUUUCCCGUGAUAUUAGGUGGCUCAAUCUCGUUAUCAUUUUUUUACAACAAUUCGUUACGUUCAUCACGUAUACAAAAUGUAUAAUACAAGUAUAAAUAUAAAUGUGUUAUUUAAAUGUCUUGUGACUAUGAAUUAAUCACUGCUAUAUUUAUACCCAGUAACGUACGCAGGAUUUUAGUUCGGUUAAGGUUUUCACUAUAAAUUUAUCAUAGACUCGUGGGGGGCUGAACUAGUAAAUAAUACCAACAUUAAAACACAAAAUAAUUCUUUGAAAUACUUAUUUUUAUAUAUUUGUUUUAGCUCUUAAGAUUUCGUAAUUAAUUUGAUAAUUAUAAAAUAAUUUUAGCAAUAAAACAAAAUAUUUGAUAUCUAUCUUCUAUCUAUAUAAAUAAAACAAAGUUGGGAUAAUUACACCAUUUAUAACUCAAGAACGGCUGGACUGAUUUUGAUGAUCUCUGAUUUGUUAGAUUCGUCUCCGCUCCGAAUAGUAGAAUAACUAUUAAAAUAUCGAAAAGAUUUUUUUUUGGUAGGGGCAACGACGGGCGCGAGACAGCUAGUAAUAAAAUAUAUACUAUAAUAAUAAGCUCAAAUAAUAAAAUAACUAAACAAUAUGCAUAGUUUAAAAAAUUAAACAAUAACAAUUUUAUAUUUAUUUAUACUUACAAUCAACCACCAGGGGAACACAGUCAUUGCGUUACUGGUUUAGCGAACCCGGGGCCCCGAGCUCCUCCUCUCUAAGGUAUGGAGUGUUUAUCGUAAGACUUAGAACCCUACAUCGUAAACAAAUUGUUGUUAAGAAACCACCAACAAAGCUUUGGACCAGAGAAACGGAUAACCCAAAUGGAAAACGGAAACGGAAGAACAACGAGAUUAAAAUGGCGACUUGGAACACCUUAAGCUUAUAUCGUGCCGGAGCAUGUCAGACUCUUACAGAAGUGUUGAAUCAGUGUCAGUGUCAAUUGCGGCACUCCGAAAAAUUAGAUGGACGGGUAGCGAAGCGCAGAUGAAGAUUAACGACUACAUUAUUUACUAUAAGGAAAGGAUAAUAGUCAUCAUUUUGGGACGGGUUUUGCGGUCCAUAAGAAUUAUGAAUCUUGUGAUGUGAAUUUAACCUAAUAUCCAAAAGAAUAUGUACGACACGAUUAAGAACUAAGCCCAAAGAGUUAUGCCUAAUUAAUAUACAUGACGGAACAUUUUGUAAAGAUUAAAAAGUAUAAACAAUUUAACCCUAAUCUGAAAGCUGUCAAGGAUACUGAUGAAAACAUUUUAAUAGACUCAAUUGAGAAAGUAACAAGAUGGACAAAUUACUUUGAGGAACUGCUUAAUAGUGAAGUACCAGUUAAAUCAGUUCCAGCAUGGAUAGAUCAUAGGGCGGAACAGGAGGUAAACGAUGUAUCCAUGCAAGAAUUGAUGCGGCCGGGAUUUCACGUCCUGGAGUAUAAUGUUCCAGAAUUUUAUAUUUCAUGUUUUUAUCGUUUUGGAAAAUUAUAACCUACCCUUAACUCUUAAUACCACUAUAUUAUUAUUGUAUUCAACUAUAAAUAAUGUGUAUCUAUACACAUAAUAAUAAGAAGUGAUUAAUGAAAAACAAAUAAAAUAUUUGCAUUUAUGUUUAGGUGAAUAGGAGGUACUCGUAUUUUGCAACGAUGGAAAGAUGGAAAAAAAUCACUUACAUAGUCGCUUUGUACAUGUUUUUAACCCAAUCACGACCGCUGGAACCGUUUAUGACGGCAUAUCUCACAUCAAACGGAGAUAUUUCGCUUUCCGAGGUAAGGUACCUAAUAAUAAAAGAUUGACCAGCGUGUUCAAUAAUCAAAAAAUACAAUUAUUAACGGUUCUGUCGUGAUUUCAUGUCUAUAAAUACAUACGGCUAGAGAGGUUAAAAUAACAAUGACCAUAUUAUUUUCAUAAGUAGCUAUAUACAAUGUAUUAUAAUAUGGAUUUAUACUAUUUAAGCGUCUAUAUUAAAAUAAUGUAAUAAAUUAAUAUAAAAAAAAUUACGAGUUAAUAUGUAAAAAAAUGUCUAUAGUUAUAUUGUCUGGUGGUGGUUUUUAAACCGUGGGUUUGAAGCUGAACAAAAACAACCCCAAUUUAAAAUAUUUAUUAUUUGUUUUAUCAGAAAUAUUACUCUAAUAAAAAAACAAAUAAAGAUCUUUUUUGUUGCAUUUUGAAUUAUCUAGAUACUUACGAAGAAAGUCGAUUUUUGAUUUUCUAUUCAGUUUUCAUAAUAAUUGAGAAAACCGAAAAAAGAUAUAAAAUGAAAUCGGACAAAUUUACGGUCCAAAGUCAUGGCGUUAGGAUUUCUUUAUUUUAAAUUUGUACACUUUAUGUUUUUUACCAAAAAUGAUGCCCCAAUAGAAAAACAACUAGAGACCUUUUUUGUUGAACUUUUAAUCUUUGUUGAUUUCACCUGUAGUUUUUUUAAUGAUUUAUCAAAACAGAAAAAAAAAUGUAGAAAGAACAGGAGAAUUUACGAAAAUAAUGCUUUUAUUAUUUUCAAUUUUGUUUUUUUUUUGUUAUAAUUCAGUUCAAAAUAUUCGUAGAGACUUGAAAUUUCGUCAGAAAACGUAUUUUCAUUGUAUGUGCUUUUCCUAAAUGUGGUCAUUAUUUUUAAAAAGUUUGAGUUAUCUCUGCAUACCUAUCUAUUUUGUCAAGGUCCAGUCGUUCCCCUCUAGCAGACUGGUGAUUGAUCAGCAUCAAUUGGAAUUCUGGAACUCGCCACUUGUAUAUGCCACGUCGUUGGUAUUUAGUGGCAGUUGCGGGAACUCGUGCGGACGGCGUAUUGCCGUGUCUUUGCAACGAUUUUGUUGUUUUUUUGGUAAAUUUUUGAUUCAUACGGCGGGUGUUAAUAUGAUUGCCUAUAUAUGUGUAACACGGUCGUUAUAAACUAAAUAGAAAUGCUUGACAAGAUUAUAAGUCGUACUUAGUAGUCUAAAAAAAUUCGAAUGCAAUAAAGUUUUUUUUUUAAAAGUUUUAAAAUCAAAUUUUGACAAAAUUCGUAAACUUCGCUUCGAAUGGUUUUUCGUUAGCAAUGUUUUAUCGUUGCUUCCAGACAUAAAUUAAUUAACUUUAUGUAUCCUACCUUCCCAACUUUUCAUUUACAACAGUUGCACACCCGUCCCCAGUAUCUGCUCUUUUAUUAUCUUGUUUAUUAUUUUGAUGUUAUUUUUUUCAAAUGAUUUUUACUAAAUAUCAGUCAUAUUAUUUAAUAAAAUAUGCUAUAUUUUAGCCGAUAAUAAUAUAAUAUUUUAAUUAAAUAAUAAUAAAAAUAACUAGUAAUCAAAUUAUGAGUUUUAAAAACAGUUUUGUAUCAGUAAUAUUUUUUUGUUAUACAUAAUUAUAAAAGAUCUAGGUACAUGCAGAUUUAUAUAAAUACGUGCGUUUAAAAUAUAUUAUUCCGUUCAAGUAUUAUUAUCUUUCUCGACGCAGAUUUAUCAUAUUGAAAAUAAAUAAUAAUAACGUUAAAUUGUUUAUAGGUGGCCAAUACGGUCGAAGCGAUCAAAUCGUACUCUGCGCUGUUCACGGCUGUAAUAAUGUUGAUUUCCGCCGACUAUCUCCAAUACAAGCCGAACCUCAUAUUCCUGACCAUUUGGGCAUUUAUCAGUUAUUCGAUACUAAUCGAGUCAUCCGAUUACACAUGGAUUAGGGUCAGUGUGUGACAAGUAUAAUAGUAUUAGUAUUGUCAGUGUCACGACUAGAAAUUUCAUGGCGGUGAGGUGAAAUAAUAAAUCGUAACCUGUAGCGUGUUUACUCCAAGUAAAUAUAUUGUGUAUUUGUUAUUUUCACUUUACAUAGGAUACCUUAAUUUUUUGAUUGACGUAAUCGAUAAUAUCAACGAAACUGCACGUAAAAACUAUUUUAUCAAUUUAGCAACAUUUUAACUGUUCAUUUUCUCCUUCUACUAUGACUUAACAAAGACCCUACCUAACCUAACCUAAAGACCAUGCUUGUCCAUGCUGCUCGAAAACUAGCUAGUUCUUUACUUGUUAAUUGUCAAUUUUAACUUGUAAUAAUAAUUUAUGUGGAAAAAAUAUCAGUCAUUGUUUACGUUUCUAAUCAGUUUAUCAAAUUUGCUGUCAACAAAUUACAACGCAAAUAUUAGCAUUUAACAUUUAAUAGAUACGUUGCAUCUAAUAAAUAACGGUCAAAAUUGUUAAUAGAAUAAAUUUUCAGCACUAAAAGUAAAAAUUAGGUAAAUACCUAGAUAUCAUGAUCGUUCUACGAUAUAACUACACUGGCAAUUGUUUUUUUUUUUUUUUUUUUUUUAAAGACGUUAAACUAUGAUUAUAAAUACUAUUAUUUUUCAAUAGUAAUAUGUGAUAAAAGAAUGAUAAUAUUAUUAAAUUCUGUUUUACUUUUACUUUCUCCUUCAUAACAUUAUAAUUUCAGUGAUAUUCGUAUACGACAAGGUUAUUUUAUUUUGAUAUCAUUUUUCAACCAUUGUCUACUGUCUUCAAUUCACAAAGAUACUUACACAAGCUACAUCAUUUAACGUAGAAUAAAGGGAAAUUAUAAAAAAAACCUACUCUUCACUUUUAUACUACGGUACUAGUUGUGGCACUGAAUAUUAUCAUAAGAGCUUGACAAUACUGGUUCAGGCGAUGGGCACAUCUCAGUUAAGGACACAAAAUCCAGAAUACACGGCAUAGAAAUAUGAUAUUUUAAUGGAAAUAAAUAGAGAUAGAGCAGGGAAUUAUCUGUGGCCAGAUAUGAGACAACGAUAAAAUAUUAUUUUUUGGCUAUACUUUAUUGCGAAUGUCCCACGUCAUUUGAACAUGUGCAUAAAAGAAUUGUACUAAUGUCUGGAUUUCCAAAUGUAGGUGUCAACAGUUGGAAUUGGCGGGAUGUUCAACAACAACAUUCUGGCGUUUAGCUAUUUGUACGCCCAAAUUGAGAACGUGGAAGACUUUAAGAUUGCUACCAGUAUUGUCACAAUUGCCGCGCAGCUUGGUACAUUUUUUGGAGACGUAUUGGCACAGACCAUAGUGAACGCGAGUGGAGGCAUCUACACCGCUCUGCCGUAUUGCAACGUAUUAUGUAAUCAGAUGAUUUUUUUUUAUGUGUUGAACGUUUAUUUUUUUCAUCAUGAUGUUUUUAUAUGCAGUAACAAACUCUCCUAAUCGCGUGUGUACAUCAGUAAGCUUUCACAAGUUGACUUGAGUUCUGCCUAAGAUUAUAUCAUCAAAAUGUAAAAUCUCCCGAGUCAGCAUAUUAGAUUUACCUAAAAUAUAAUUUUCUUUGAUGAUUUAAAACAUAUCGAUGGCGUUUUGUUAAAAGAGCGUAUACCAUUAAAAAUCGAAAAUACGUUUUUGGUAUCAAAAAAAUCAGAAAAAUUAGGAACAUCAACUGGUAAAAGGGCAUAUUUAAAUACAGAAAACUAACUUGGUUAAGUUAACUUUUAAAAUAUAAUUAAAUUAGCAUUAAUUUGUUAAAAAGGCGUAUACCAUAUUCAAUGUACAUAUACUUUCUGUACAGCGUAUUAUGUGUACGAUUAAUUUUAUUGUUUUCCAUGAUAAAUAUUGUUAGAAACUGUUUCGCUGGUUUUUUGCAAAACACUUCUUUUCACUACGUGAAAAAGGUGUUUUAGUGGUAUAGGUACGCCCUUUUAACAAAACACUGUCGAUAUAAUACGUAAUUUUACCUGCCUAGAUAUUAAAAAUGUUAAUAAUAUUAUACGUGACUCAAUUUAUACGUAGCAGCUAUGGGUAAAUUUAAAUUGUUUUUGAAUAUUUUCAGUUAUGUUCUUGGCCAUUAUUUUAACUUGUUCAUACCCGUCGACCAAACGAAAAUGUCAAAUAGUUUCGGAUAUUAUCGUGGCGAAUGAAAAAUCAUGGCUUCUCGAACGAAACGUUAAAUUCUAUAAUACGAAAUCUGAAAAAGUCCAUUGUAAGUCAAUCUCAAUAGACGGGAGUUUAUUUGCUAGUGAGGUGAGCUAAAAACUGUAUAAACGAUUUUCUAACGUUUUUAUUAAUUAUUGUUCAGAUAAAAAUUUACCAACAGAAAAACAUAAGAAUGCAGUAGUAAUACCGUUUUUGAAAGAAUUAUUUGUUAAUUUCAAAACGUCUUAUUCCAAUUGGGCUAUUUUGAAAAGAUGUUUAUGGUAUAUUUUUAGUAUGGCAGCAUACAUCGAAGUAAAUAUUAACAAAUAUAAUUGAUUAUGUCUAAUACAUCAUUGGUAUUUGAAUUUACUACUUAAAUUAAUCGCACGAGUAUAAUUUUUAAAAAUAUCCGUAACAUUUCUAUUUCCAGUAACCACGUGUAUAAUGAAAACGCGACAAUGUACAGUUUUUUUUUUUUUUUAAAUUACACAUUAAGUUUGUUUAUGUUUAAUGAUGUUUAACAUAAAUUUGAGUUUAACCUUUUAUUUUAUGUUCUUUGAGUUAAAACUAAAUUUUACUCUACUCACGUACACAUAACACUCUACUUUUUUUUAGAUAAAGUACAACUUAUGAUGAAUAUUGGGCACCAUUUUCAAACGUUUCUACUCAAUUAAAACAAUUUUAUAAGCAUAAAACCAAAUAAAAACUUAAAAUACAUAAAAAUGUCAAUUGUCUAUAAAAAGCUCAAAAAUGUAAAAAUUGAACUUUUUACCACGUCCAAUUUAAGUAUUCUGUGAAAAUUUAUUUUCAAUAGCAACCAAAAAAUUGAAAAAACAAAAUCAAAAAUAAUAAAACCGUCAAUGCUGUUAACUUUCAAACUUUCAACUUUUUCUUUGUUUUUUCCUAAAUAUUGAGAAAACUACACGGAAAAUCAGAAAACAACUUAUAAAAAAUGUUACUCUUGAAAUUCAGAACAAAGAUUUUCGUAGAAAAAUAAAAUCGAAACAAUUUUAAACAAAACAUUUUUUUGGCAUACAUAUUUGAACGUUCUCUCCAUUUUUAUGAAAACUCCUUGGAAAAUUCAAAAAUCACUUUCUCAAUACACCGGUUAUAUCCAAAAUGACUUAAAAACCUUUCUAUUUGUUUUUUAAUUGGUGUAAAAUUUCUGGUAGAGAAAUAUUCACAUUGAAAAAGAAAAAACACAUAUCAUAGUAAAACCAAUGCAUUCCACGCUACGUUCAGAAAUUAAAAAUAAAAGCAUUUGCUUACAGAAUAAAUAACAUAAUGUGAACGCAUUAUUGAAAUUUGAUGGUUCAAAUAUCCAUGAACAUGUCGAAUAAUUAAUUUUAGAAUAGUUAAAUGUAUUUUAAAAUUAUAGGUUUUAGCGAACAUGAACGUUUUGUACUCGUAUGUCGUCGAAAAGUCAGACAAUCAAGAAGUUUUGACUAACGGAACCGCCGAGGCAAUAGUUACGUUGUCUGGUUAGUGCAUUCACGUACAAAAUUAUUAAAUUAACUUAAUGGUAUUAUAUGAAAGCAAUUAGAUAUUAAUUAUUUGUACUCGCCGAGUUUUGUAUUUUAUUGAAUUUUCCAUUAAUUUAAAAACAACAUAUUUCGUAACAAAUAUUCGAUAGGCAACGGAAAUUAAAUCCAAUAAUAUUUAUUUUAUAUUUACAAACACAAGACUUAAAUAUUAUAAACAAAUAUAUAGAAUGACGAUAAUGCGUGAUCAGUUUGUUGAAAAUCAUAAUGACGAUCGUAAAAAUCCAUAAAGACAACAAGAAAAUAAUAUAAUACGCUGUACUAAUUGAUAUCCGAGUUAUUUUUUCGAUUUCCGUAGGGAUAAAAUAAUUCGGUUUCGUUUUUUUUUUUUUUAUAUAGGCGCUGUGGGAGCAUAUUUAAUUGCUAAAGUAAAUUUAGAUUGGUCUCGUUAUUGUGAUAUGUUCAUAGCCGUUAAUUCGGCACUAAUGGGUAUUCUCAUUAUGUCGUGUUACUGUUACGACCAUUUAAUUUACAUUUAUGUAACGUACAUAUUAUAUGGUGUGGUUUGUCAAGCGAGUUUCGUCAUUAUCUAGUGAGUAUUAAAUUUAAAAACGUUUAAAAAUUACUAUACGUGCCUAUUUCUGAAUGCGUUACCUCAAAUUUGAAUAUAAUGCAGUCUGCAUAAUUCUAAAUUAGAGUCGUUUAAUUGUGUUUAUAGUGCUGAAAUCGCAAAAGAAUUAAACAGACACUGUUAUUCUCUCGUACUGGAGUUAAAUUAUUUUGGAGCUUUAUCUAUCGUCCUCAUCAUGACGAUAUUUUUGAUCCAAUUCAAUUUCAUGUCUAUUACUAUUCCUGGACGAGUAAGUCGAAACGCAAUUACUUAAAAUUGAAUGCCUGUAAAUCUAUAAUAUAAUACGUUUUUCAUUUUCAGUUUUUAUUUAUCGGCGGUUUACACUUGAUCCUAGGAAUCGUGUACAUAUCGAUUAGCAUAUUUGAAGAAUGCAGAAAAAAAUACUAAUUCUUUACUAUAAUACGAGUCGCCCGCCAAAUUUUUGUAUUAUAAUAGGUUUUAUCUAUGGACCAUAAAAUACUAAACGGAUUGUAUCAACUUUUUGUAAAUAUAUAAAAUUUUAUUAGUAGUUGUAAUUGAGAUUUGUACUGACC